UGGCUGUCAGUCAAGCGUCAAAUAAAAACAUCGCGUCGUCGAACGUCGAUUCCAAACCAAACAGAAAAGUUUUCUAGAAAAUCUUCAAGAAAGAACAACUUGUAAUUAAAUAAAAUUUAUAAUAAAUUGUUUAAACAUUUAAAAUGGCAUCAGCAGUUCAUUGUCAAUUAUGGAUGGGAAGUCUUGAAACCUACAUGACGGAGAACUUCGUCAUUGCAGCCUUUCGUAAAAUGGGCGAAGAACCCACAACAGUUCGACUCAUGAGAAAUAAAUACACCGGUGAACCGGCUGGAUAUUGUUUUGUCAACUUCGCCACCGAUGACCUUGCCAUGGAUGCAAUGCACAAGCUAAAUGGUAAGCCUAUUCCUGGUACAAAUCCCAUUGUUCGAUUUCGUUUGAACAGUGCUAGCAAUUCAUAUAAAAUGCCUGGAAAUGAUCGUGAAUUUAGCGUUUGGGUUGGGGAUUUAAGUUCAGAUGUAGAUGAUUAUUCUUUGUAUAAAGUAUUCUCUUCAAAGUACACUUCUAUAAAAACUGCCAAAGUUAUUUUGGAUAGUUCUGGGUUUUCCAAAGGUUACGGAUUUGUUCGCUUCGGAAUCGAAGAUGAACAAAAAUCAGCACUAUACGAAAUGAAUGGUUAUAUUGGUCUUGGUUGUAAGCCAUUAAAAAUUUGCAAUGCUGUUCCAAAACCAAAAUCAGAUACACCAACGACAGAAUACAUGCCAUCUGGAUAUGGUACAUCUUCUGCCCCAACUACAACGCCGGCAGCUCCAAGUACAAAUUAUACACAACAAUAUUAUGAUCCCUCGACUUAUUGGCAAGGUUACAAUGCUUGGCAAGGUUAUUAUGACCAACAGACAGCAACAACUGAUGCAAGUGCUUAUUAUCAGCAAGCAAUGCAACAGCAACAGUCUUCACAUGCUGAUCCUCAGACUCUGGCUCAGCAUGCAGAAGCUUGGAGUGCUCAGCGGAAUAGUUAUGAACAACAACAACAGCAGCAACAACAUGCUCAUGCACAGCAUCAACAUCAUGAUCAUGAUGACGAUUUGGCUCUGGUAGAUCAUAAAUUCAAUUUGGAUGUAGAUAAAAUGAAUCGUGAGUCUAUGGAUAAUGAUCGUAAUUUGUACGAUGCUUUGGAGAGUUCUAAGUGGCUACCGAUUGAACAGCUAGAAGUUUUCUGAAAAUGAAAUUUAAUUUAAGUUUUUUUUAUUUUACAAAAAUAUUAUGUAUAUCAUAAAAAAACAUUUUUUAGUACUCGCCGAUGUUUAAAGUAUCCUCGUAAUACUUUGGGUCUAUCAGAAUAAAAUUAUUAUAU